CACACGCACGCACGCACACACACACACACCUUCGUCACAGUCACACACAUCAGGAAGUAGACCUCAGCAAGAAACGUAGACAUGUUUAUAGAGGUGAAGUGGAUUUCCCCACCGAGCAAGGAAACUACAGCGAUGUAUCAUCUCUUUUUUUUCUUCCUCCACCUUUUUCCUCUUCUCUGAGCAGCUCUGAGCAGAUUGUCAGCACAACCAAGAAACCCGAAGAACCCAUUCACUUCUUCCAGCCUGACCCUUUUUAACCAGAGUCUCAGCAAUGUCUCAAGAUUCUCACGACGGCUCACUGAACAUUAACUCUCUGAAGGAGCCUGUGCUACGGAGGCUCUGCGAGUGUCUGGACAGAGCUAAUAAUAAAGGAUGGAGGAAGCUGGGGGAAACGGUCAGCAGUGACCGGCGGUUUAGAGUGAGUUUAGAUGACAUGGAGAUGUGCUCUCUGAAGGUGUUGGAGGUGGAAGGCAGCCCCUCCCGCAGUCUGCUGAGGCUCAUGGGAGAUCGAGGCUGUACACUGGGACACCUGGUGGAGUUCCUGAAGAUGAUGGGUCACAGUGAAGCCAUUCAAUGCCUUAAAUCAGGAAUUCAAAUCAUCGUCCAGCCUCAGUCUGUGGCUGUAAUUGCUGGUCAAACCAUUUGCAUCAGCUGUUAUGCUGCUGGACCCUCUACUGUACAGUACCAGUGGUUCAAAGGAAAAGAAGAGGUUCCUAACAGUUCCUCUCCAGACCUUAUGCUAAGUAAGGUUCAGCUCCAGGACGCUGGCUUCUAUAUCUGUAGAGUGAAUUGGGGUGAAUCCUGUGAGUUUAGCCAGUGGGCUCAGCUGGAUGUUCUGGUUAUGCCUCAGCACACAUAUGAAUUGAUGUCAAUUUCUUCUGAGGGAAGACUGAGAGUUGUGAUUCAGCCUAAACCUCAGAAUCUGCUGGUGGGAGAUGCUCUGUAUUUGGAGUGUGGAGCUGUGGGAAGACCUCUGCCACAUUACCAGUGGUACAGAGAUGGGAUUCCUCUCAAGAAUGCUACCAAGAGAAAGUUCACUAUCUCUGAGUUGGCGUUUGAGCACCAGGGAAAAUAUCGGUGCGAAAUCUCCUGCAACAGUGAGCGAACAUGGAGUAAAGAAGUAGACGUUGUCGUAGGUCCAAGGACAUCCUUCCAGUUUUCAGGGGCAACUGAAUGUUCUGAAGAUGACUUCAUUGCCUUUGGACAGAUUUCAGGUAACAGUUUCGAGAAGCUUUAUGGUGCACAGAACUACACUUCCCAGAGUUUAGGAGAAUCUACAGACAAAGUGGCCCUCCUCAUUGGGAACCUGUCCUAUCAGAACCAUCCUCAGCUUAAGGCGCCUAUGGUGGAUGUAUACGAUCUUACCAACCUGCUUCGCCAGCUCAACUUUAAGGUGGUCUCACUGCUGGACCUGACUGAGUCUGAGAUGCGUAAUGCGGUGGAGGAGUUUCUCUCAUUGCUUCACAAAGGAGUUUAUGGCUUGUUGUACUACGCUGGACAUGGUUACGAGAACUUUGGAAACAGCUUCAUGGUGCCAGUAGAUGCUCCGAACCCCUACCGCUCUAGGAACUGCCUGUGUGUGCAGAGCAUUCUCAAACUGAUGCAGGAGAAGGAGACCGGCCUCAAUGUCUUUCUGCUGGAUAUGUGCAGGAAAAGAAACUUUCAUGAUGAGGACAUGCCAAAUGUCAUGCUUCAGGUCACAGCCAACAUUGUGUUUGGAUAUGCCACCUGUCAAGAUGCAGAAGCCUUUGAGUUGAGCUCCAGUGGACUCACCAAUGGGGUGUUUAUCAAGUUUUUGAAAGAGCGCCUCCUAGAAGAUGAAAAGAUUACUGUGCUCCUGGACAGAGUGGCAGAAGAUAUGGGUCAGUUUGACCCCACUAAAGGGAAGCAGGCUCUUGAGAUCCGCAGCAGCCUAUCAGAGAGACGUUCUCUGACUGACCCCAUCCUACCUUUACCUGGAGACUACUCAGAUGUGACCCAGGCACACAGCCUGCUGUGGGCUAAAGCACAUGAACUACCAGAGAGCAUGACUCUAGACUUUGAGUGUGGUGUGCAGAUAAAGAUGGGCUUUGCGGCAGAGUUCUCUAACGUACUGGUCAUCUAUACCAGCAUCGUGAAGAAGCCUGAAGAGAUGUCCUCCUGCCAAGCUCACCUCAUCAAUCUUUCAGAUCUGGAUCCUAAACUGAUGAAUAGAGAGACUCCAGAAGAGACAGGGACGUACUUGCUGUCAGGAAGUCUCCCACAGCACUGCCUCUUUACCAGACUUGGCUCCCUACAGAAGCUCAAAGAGAGGCUGGUUUUCACCGUGUGUCUGCAGGCCGAAUACACAGCUCUGGAAGAGCAGGUCCAGUGGACCAGGGAGGUGGACAUUGGCAAGCCCCUUAUAGCCAAACUGGACCUCCAUCGACCCACCAGGAGGAACAGCUGCCAGCAGACCUGCCACAUGCCCCACAGCCCCUGCACCAGCCCCAUCCCCAGCCCAGGAGCCGAGCGGCUGCUGUUACACCAAAUCCCCUGCUUCCACCCGCAGCCCAGCAGCCCCUACCUCAACGUAUACGAGCCCCUGCACGGAGCUGUCGGGGGUUACGGGAACGCUCUGCAUGGGGAAUAUGCCUAUCACUAUGAGGAUCCUCCUUAUUCACCGUACAUGCCUUUACCCAGCGUGCCCAUUGAAACCACUGAUGACAUUGAAGACAUGCAGGAUAAAUUCAUGAACAGCUUGUAUCUGUACAACCAGCCUUGAAUAUGUAUUUUAUGUAUUUUUCUUACAUAAUAUAGUUAGUUUUUACCAUUUUGUUUUACCAGGCUCGGCUCCCUACAGAAGCUCAAAGUAAGGUCCCAUAUGAUGUAUUUUUUGGCUAAACAGGUAAUCAUUGAACUUCAGUAAUAGUGCUUACCAUACCUGGAUAAAAUAUACAGCACUGGAAAAAAAUUAAGAGACCACUUCAGUUUCUGAAUCAUUUUCUCGGAUUUUGCUAUUUAUAGGUAUAUGUUUGAGUAAAAUGAACAUUGUUGUUUUAUUCUAUUAACUACGGACAAAUUUUUUUCCAAAUUCCCAGAAAAAUAUUGUCAUUUAGAGCAUGUAUUUGCAGAAAAUAACAAUAAGAAAUGGUUGGAAAAAAAGAUGCAGAUCUUUCAGGCCUCAAAUAAUGCAAAGAAAACACGUUUAUAUUCAUAAAGCUUUAAGAGUUCAGAAAUCAAUAUUUGGUGCAAUAACCCUGUUUUUUUAAUCACAGUUUUUAUGCAUAUUGGCAGGCUAUCUUUUGGAUAACUUUUUGCCACUCCUGUGCAAAUAUUCAAGCAGUUCAGCUUGGUUUGAUGGUUGUGAUCAUCCAUCUUCCUCUUGAUUAUAUUCCAGAUGUUUUCAAUUUGGUAAAAUCAAAGAAACUAGUCAAUUUUAAGUGGUCUCUUACUUUUUAAAAGAGCUGUAUAUGUUGAUCAUGAAGGGUUUUCUCAGGGGGUGGCUUGGAAAGGCCCACACGUUUAUAAGUUGUGAGAUGUUACCUUGUAAGUUACUUAAUAAAAAUACGUCAAAGAAGGCAUUACCACCAACAGUGGACAGUGCAGUAGAUAUAAGGAUUUUGACGGGCAGCAUUUGACCGGCUAGAAUUGUCUCUGUCAACACACACAUCGCACAGGUCAGUGCAGCAUUCUUCAGCAUCCUUGGGACAUUUCAAAAAUCAUGGAAAAAAAUACUAUGGGAUCUUAGUGUGGUACAUAAAUGUGUUAUUCAAUUUAAAAUAUCAAGGAGUUUACAGUCCUUACCUUACCUAUGUGUCCCUUUUACCUCCAUAGAAAAAUAAAUGUAAUUUAAAUAGAAUUUUAUGUAAAUUUGUUCAAGUAUUAAAAGGCAUUGUAAAAUCAUUAAUAACUAUAUAAAUGUU